AUGCCUCUCCCGCCCAGCUCUCUCUUUUCUGAUGUCAUCCAUCUAGCUUCUUCUGUCGUAAGGAAUCUUCCGGGCUGCCCUCACGACGCCCCUUUAAAGCCUCCCACCUCCCGCGAGCGCGUCAAGAGAGACGCCUUGGAAGAGUCCCCCGAUCUAUACGCAGUUUGGUUAGCAUCGCGACGUAUCGCAGAAAAUGGCACGGAGCAUCUCCCUCCAGCUGCACAACGUCCCUUCUCUCUUCAGAACCUCGCACUCGCCUGCACCCUGUCAAAACGUUGCGCCCCCGAAUUACUUUCUUGCUUAUGGGAUGCCCACCCGUUUAGAAUAUCUCUCAUGGUGACACUUGAUGUCGUACGAGGAAUUUUUCCCGCCUUCCGUGGUUACUCACAGGCUGUCAUGAUAGACGAGCUUCAACGCAAUAUGACCUCCGGUAACUUCACGCUCUCACACGUACUACAUCAAGGCACAAUGGAACUUGUCCGCAUGAGUGUAGAAGCCGCCAUAGACAAUAUUGCAACUUCGAAUGAAAAUAUCGUGCACAAUUCGGCUCGCUUCCUCGUCGAACGAAGGCAACUGGAGCAGAGGCUACGGCUAGACGUGCCGACACUUUCUGACCCGCUGGUUCGCGACCUCCUGCAGGAGUCUGAUACGUUCGUCCGCUCUUUCAACGGGUUUUCGGCCUUCGGUGUCUUCUCCCCUUUCGACGCGAUGCGUCUUCUGACGCUUGUCUCCGAAGUUUUGACUCAUCUUUGGGUCCUGUCCUCGUUGACUUUCGGCGGCACGCCCCUUUCUAUAGUUUUCCUUUCUGUCGCAGUGACGGUACUUCCGUCUAUGCUCUCUUGGCUUACCUAUGGACAUGACAAUUGGGAUUGUCCUAACGGUCAGCUUGGAGGGCAACUGGCAGCAAAGCAGGAAGCCAUGCGCGGACUCGCUCACAGCGACGCUCACCGUCCAGAGAUCCUUCUCUUCGACCUCGGCCCAUGGAUACUGAAAUCGUGGUCCCGCGCUCGGAAAUCGCUCCUUGGCCUCGAACGACGGCACCACGGCGGUGACAAUAACCUCUCGUUCCGUCCCCUUUCGCGGGUGUAUCUCAACGGCAUGUUCUCGGCUUUCCAUAAUGUGCCCCUGCUACUCGUCCUCAGCUCGUCGUCCACGUCCGUUGGAACUUUCACACUCUACCGCAGUACAUUGCAAAGUCUAUUAUUGACGGCCGAGGCGCUCCUCCGUACCCUGCGCAUGGCGUUUCAAGGAGUCUUUCUGAUGGGGGCGUUUUGUGCUGCGACGGCGUUGAAGCCCCGGCUUCAACCCGACGCGCAAAAAGCAAUCCCGUACAGCCCUUCAGGCGUGGGAAUGGCCAUCGACGCCCAGAACCUCAGCUUCAGUUACCCCGGGAGCAGAGUCCCUGCGCUCCACAACAUCACGUUGACUGUUGAGGCUGGCGAAACACUGGCUAUAGUAGGCUAUAAUGGCUCAGGCAAGACCACCUUGGCGAACGUUCUUCUACGCAUCUACGAUUUCGAGAGCGGUUCACUACGCGUGAAUGGCGUGGAUAUCCAGCGGCUUGACCCGCGCGACUUCCACGCCCACGCCUCAGCAGUCUUUCAAGGCUUCUCGAAAUUCAGUACAUCCGUCAAAGGCAACGUUGGUAUUGGUUUUGUCCCCGAGAUGGACAGCGCCGACGCUGUCAGCACGGCCAUAGAGCUCGCCGGAGCGGCAGACCUCGUGCAUUCACUGCCUGAAGGCGUCCGCACAAGAUUGGAUGGGGAUGGCCUCAAUCGUAGCUGUGAAGCAUGCUGCGGCGACGGUCCUGCGUCGCACACGCCUCAUGGGCUUUCCGGUGGGGAGUGGCAGCGAAUAGCUAUCUCGCGGGCGUUCAUGCGUGCGCGGCGUCCAGAAGUCGAAUUGUUGGUCUUCGACGAGCCGACGUCUUCUCUUGAUGCCCACGCCCAGAAGCAUGUCUUUGACACCAUCGAGAAAAUUUCGCGCAGUCCGGACGGUGACCGGACAAAGACCGUCAUAUUCAUAACGCAUAGGCUGGCUACUGCUCGCCGUGCUGACAAAAUAGCCAUGAUGGAGAAUGGAACGAUCAUUGAGUUUGGAACGCACGAGCAAUUGCUCAGUCGUAAUGGGCGGUACGCUUCCCUAUAUCAUGCUUCUGUCUAG